AUGCUGAAGCGCCUCGCCUUUCUCCUAUUCGUGAAUGUGGUGUUGAGCUACACGACCGAGCAGGAUAUGGAGACAACUACGAGUGCUCAGCAACAUAAAAUGCACAGUAAGUUUUUGGGGGUUCAAAAAAUUGGGUUUUGAUGUCGCAAUUGAUUAGCAAUCGAUUUAUGGCAUUUCUAAAGGGCAUAUUUAGCCUGUAGAUGAGAAUAGAUGAUGAUUAAUGGGGCUGAAACAGAAUGCCAAAAGUUUUCGAGUUUUCGUGGCGGGACCCAAUAGCUAUUGAUUAGAGCCAAACUUUAUCAAAAAAUAAGUCUACAGCUGGCUAACUAGAUACGCUACAAAGAUCCUGUAUAUCUCAGUUUUCUAUGCGCCUGUCUUGAAUUUAGAAAAAAAGUUUUCGCUGCAGGACCCAGAAAUUUAAAUUUUUUGUUUGCAGUAACUACCUUACGGUAAAAUACGGUUUUCUGCAUGUCUUACGGAUUUUCAGAGAAAGUCUACCCAGUCUACCCUUUCUACGGCUUGGCCGGUCUUCUUGGCCUCGCUUUCCUAAUCCAACUCGUGGCCUACAUCAUUGUUAUGAAAAAGCUCAAAAAAGAAAUGAAAGCCGCUGCUCCGCCGAGCUCCCAAAGCUCCUCCUCGGCCAAGUCUUCCAAGAGCCUUCGCGCCAAAUCAGUUCCGAAGAUCCGUCCAAUGCAACCGAAUCAGCCGCAGCCAAAAGCGACGCCUACGAAGGCCGUUGCGGACAAUGCGGAUGGAAGAAUUGAUCCAAAUGAGUUGAAACGAAGAGUGGAGGGAAUACCAAUCGUCGCUCCAGCUUCAGCUCCGGCUACUUCGGGAGGUCAGAAAGUGAGUUGAAGGGGGUUGUUGUGGUUUUAGUCAUAUGGCUUUACAUAGGAGAAAAAAAGAUUCAAAAAAGUGUAAGAAUCAGAUCGCAAGAACGUAAUAUCAGCUCUUGAUGACAAAAAAUGGUAGUAAUUUGAGAUGGGAUCAGAUUUUUUUGGAUAUCAGAGAAAGUGACAUUUUAUACGAUAAAACAUGUCCGGAUGACGAAUUCAGUGGAAAUUAUAAUAUAAGUUCACGAUUUUUUUGACGUUUAGGACUGUGUUCAGCCGUUGGAUUUUGAAAAUUGAGUGCAAGCUGCAAAAAUGAUGAAAAAUGACAUUUUAUACGAUGAAACAUGUUUUGUUCUCUAAGGUCUUUCAUAUUCUGAAUCACUAAACGAAUUGAUGUAUUUGAUAUAGUCGCUGUUUUUUGCAACAUCUUAAAAGAAUUUGGAGACAUUUUAUACGAUAAAAAGUGUUUUGAAAAUUUUCGAAAUCUUUGAAAAUUUCAAAAAAAUACAUAAUAAUUUCCAGACAACACCUACCUCCAGAACAGUCAACAACAGCGGUCAGGCCCUCAAGCCUGACGGAGACACGGAUGGAAAAGCGAAAAAAGAGAUGCAAGGCCCCAUUCGGCCCAAGCCCGGCGAGGACGAGGACUCGGAUCGCGAGGAUUCGGACGAAAAGAAGAGUAAGAAGAAGAAGGAGCCGAAGAAGGAAAAGAAAGCCCUAGAUGACACGCAGGAAGAUGAGGAUGAAAAGGAAAAAGAAAAGAAGCCCAAAAAGGGAGGAAAGGUCGAUGAAAUUGAAGUGGAAUAUGAUGAGGACAGUGACAAGGAGAGCGGCGAGUCGAGGAAGAAGGGGACAAAAGGAGGGAAGAAAUGUAAGAUUAUGACUUAUUGGGGAGUUGAGAUUUUUUUGAGGGGGGAUUUGAGAGCUUUACGAAUUUUCUUUUGCGAUUUUUGCAGGGUUUUUUACAACAAAAUUUUUUUUCGUUUACCGAGGAAAUAAGCUUUUUUCGAAUUUGCCGAAAAAAGGGGUUGAAAUUUUGGCUAUACGACUUAAUAUUCUGCCUCUGAUUUAAAUAUCAAUAAUUUUUUUACAGCCGCAAAGCCCCAGAAGCCCGCGAAAAAAGGGAAAAAGGACUCGAGUUCAAAUUCGGACCGAUCCAAGUCUACGACUAGCGGGUCAGCGCAAACCCCGAUGCAGCAACGUUUUGCCAAGUCGACCAGCAAGUUUUCGGUGCAGAAGGGAAUCAGAGAGAGAAAGUAUUUCAAUGGAGAAGACGAUGAUUCCACUUUUAACGAGCAGAGAAAGGUUCCCGAUCUGCCGAGUCUGGCCGAUGAACAAGAAGAGAGACAAGAAAGGGCUGAAAAGGUGGGUGAAAUUUAGAAUUUGGGGGAAAAACUACUUGGGGCCCUAUUUUAAGUCGCUAAUGAGGAUUCUUAAAGAAUAAAAUUCGAAUUUCCCGCCAAAGUUUUAAUUUUUUGGCAUUGUGUUGCAUGCCUCAAAAAAGGUAUGGAAUUAUGUUGCAAGCCUCAAAAAGGGGUUGGCAUUGUGUUGCAAGUGCCAAAAAGGAUUAGAUUUGUAUUUUACAGACUUUUAACGCAUUUGAGAUUUUUCAAAAUUCAUAAAUUUUAAAUUUCCCGCCGGAAAUUGAAAGUCUUGGCGUUGUGUUGCAAGUAAAGAAAUGAGGCAAAAAUGGCAGCUAAAAGGAAAAUUCUAAUGUACUCAGUUUUUCUGUACACUGUUUAUGCUACUUAGGAAAUUUUAGAUCUUUAGAACAUGAAAAUUUGAACUUCCCGCCAGCAUUUGAAAUUUUUGGCAUUCUGUUGCAAACCCUAAUUUAGUCUCCAAAGUUUGUAUUUCGGGAUUUGGAAACUUCAACGUAUUUUACAAACUGGCUAUAUGUGUAAGAUCGCACCUUUUACGGUUUCCAUUAAUUUUUCAAAGUUUUAAAUUUUAAAUUUUUUUUUCGGAAAAUUCAAAAAAACUUGUUCUGAUACGCGCAAAAUUUCAGGGAUUCGCGGAAUGGAAACCAAUGACUCUGGCCAGAUACGGAAACGGCGAGUGGACCGUGGUCAGCGAAAUCAACAGCGCCGAUUUCUCCUUCAACCUGGGAAGCGAAGAUAUGGAACCUUCGGAAUGA